AACCUAAAAUAUAUAGUUACACUCUUUUACAGUUGGCGCAUGGAUAUAAAUCCCACCAAAAAUGUGCGCUAUAUAAUUUCAAAUCUGAAGCCUUAUACACAAUACGCCUACUUUGCGAAAACCUUAACAAUGACUGACUAUCACAUACAAGUAGAUGCCUAUUCAAAAAUUCAAUACUUUCGUACGCUACCGAGUAAACCGGGACCGGUGAGGAGAGUCUAUUACACUGCAAUCGCCAUCGAUAAAAUAGUUCUCCACUGGUGGCCACCGCACAUGCCCAAUGGCGAAAUUGAGAUGUAUUUAAUCUAUCACGAAAAAGUGAUCAUUGGUAAACAUAAUGUUACUCUAGGAAAUCAUCCAGAAUUUUUGAGAUACUCAUCAUCAUGCGAGUGUGUUGUUAUAAACCCUGAAUACAGUGGUCCACUACCCAAGGAUGAAAAUUAUUAUAACAAAGAUCAAAUAAUUUAUGAAGAAACUUUGCCGAAUUUAAUUUUUGUAUCGUAAGUAGAA